AUGCUGAGGCCGCUGCAGGACCGCGAACGAGGCCUAUGCGGCUCGCCUCUGGCCUUCACCAAGGCAGCGUAUGUUGCAGCACUCCCCACAAUCCGCAUGAAGGGCAGCCUGAAACAUCACAGCGGCUGCGUCAACCACAUCAGCUUCAGCGAGAGUGGUGACACGCUCCUGAGCGGAUCAGACGACACGCUGAUGGCGGUGUGGGAUGUGGAGCGGAGGAAGCUUCGUGGCUCUGUAAGGACUGGCCACUCCGCCAACAUCUUCUGCACAAAGCACAUGCCGGCCACAGGGGAUCGGGUGGCAGUGACAUGCGCAGGGGACAGCGAAGUGCGGGUGCACGACCUGACUGCUGGGCGGGCCAUGGAGAUCUACACGCACCACGACAAACGGGUGAAGAAGCUGGUCACCGAGGCCGGCAACCCCUCGCUCAUAAUCUCCGCGGCAGAGGACGGCACGGUGCGCCAGCUGGACAGGCGGCAGCCGAGCGGCGGCCCGGCGGUGCUGGUGUACGUGCGCUCGCACGGCGGCAACCGAAUGAUGGAGCUCAACUCUAUCUGCUCCCCAGCGCAACGCCCGAACCUCUUCGCCGUCGGCGGGGGCGACCCAUGGCUCCGCGUCUUCGAUCGCCGUGUCACCUCCUCCGUUGGCCGCGUCAAGGCCGUGGCCAUGUACUCCCCAGCGGUGGGUAACCCGGACUAUUUCCACGACACAAUCACAGGCGUGGCCUGCUCUGCGGACGGCCGCUGGGUCGUGGGGAAUUACCUCGACGACGCCGUUUACCUCUUCCCCCUUGACGGCAACGACGCUCCCCCGGCCGCCGCCGAGCCGCCAGCUCCCGUCGGCCGAUCCUUGCGGCGGGCCCGCCGCAGCAUGUACGCAGAAGGGACGCAGGAGAGGGAUGAGGCAAUGGCAGAAGCGGCGGAGGAGGGAACGCUGGAGGACGCAAUAGACGCACAGUUGGACGCGCAGCGCUCACGCAUGCCGGGGCAGAGCAGCCGCCAACGGGCCGAGGUCCUCGCCGCGCGCGCCGGCCGCUUCCGCCGCGAGGGGCGUGUCGCGGAGGCGGUGGUGUGUGCUGCGGCAGCGCUGCGGCUGUCGCCGCGGCUGGGCCGGGCCUUCUUUGAGCUGGCGGCGUGUCACGAGGCCAGCGGCAACUACGACGCUGCGCUGCGAGACGUGGAGCUUGCCAAGGGGCUGUGCUGGAGCCAGGAACUGGAGGAUUUGGAGGAGCGGCUGCGCGCGCACUUUGCAGAGCAGUUUGUCCAAGGCGCUGUGGUUGCGACGCACAGAGCCGUGCUGGCCGUUGACUCCGAUCCUGGGGAGGCCGAGGGAGGUCGUCCUUCUCAUUCGAUUGAUCACGGACAUCCAAGAAGCAGCGCGCCGGCAUCAUUCAUUGACGACAUGCUGGACACCGGCAGCCGACCGCGGCGCCGCGAUCGCCGAUUCCGCGCGGCAAUGGCACAGACGUCGUCAGCCGCGGCCCUGGCAGAGCUGCCGCGCGAUCGGAACUUUGCCGCCGCAGCCGCCGCUGCAUCCUUGGAUGCAAAUCAACUCACACCCGCCGAUAGACAAGCACUGUCAGGCGCUGCAGCCGCCGCCGACGUGCCGUCUGCCGCAGCCCAAGAAGCGGCUGCGGCGCCGUUUCAUUCGGCGAGAGCCGCUCGGGACACAGCGGCAGCGGCCGGGGAUGAUUCGCCGGCGGCCUCGGAGACGGAGCCGGAGCAAGCGGACUCAGAUGGCAGCGGGGGGUCGCAGGCAGAUUCUUUGGGCCGGUUGCGCCGCCGCGGCCGCCGGCGCGCGCGGACGCUCGCGGCGGCUGUAAAUAUGGAGGAAGAAGACAUCCGGGCCAUCGCCGAGAGCAUGCGGCGUGUGCGGCAGGAGAUGCUAGCGAACAGCAGCAGCAGCAGCAGCAGCUCCGACAGCGAUAUGAGUGACAGCUAUGACAUCUCAGAGGGUGACGAGGUCUGGAUCGACGAGGAAACUGUGCAGGCCAUAGCGGGGGAGCCGACCGGCUUUCUGGAGGCGAUGUCAGCGUAUAGCGAUGAUGACUCAGACGGUGAGUCAAACGAUGACUCAGCGGCGUCUGCCGAGUCACUGCCAGGGGCCGCCGAGGCAGAGAACGCGCUGGAAAACUACCUCGCCGGCGGCUGGGAUUUUGUGAUGGCGCAGAAUGCUGCUGAGGAGGAAGACAAUCUGGAUUACAGCGGGAAGGAGUGGGGCACCGACUGCGAAAGCGACAGUGGGCCGGCUGAGAGGGGGACCGGGCGCGUCGCGGAGGUCGGCAGGAAGCUAAUUGACGGGGAGCCGCCCAGGGAUCCGCCCUGCGAUGCAGAUGGGGUGGAGCAGGGGUACGUGAUGCGGUACCGCGGCCACAUAAACCAGCAGACCAUCAAGGACGUCGCGUUUGUUGGCCCGGACGACUCCGCGAUCGCGGCCGGCAGCGACUGCGGCCGCAUGUUCCUGUGGGACCGCGCCUCAGGCCGGCUGCUGACAGCGGUGCGCUCAGACAGGGAGAUUGUCAAUUGCAUUGCGGCGCACCCGCACGAGCCGCUGCUGGCGGCAUGCGGCCUCGACAGCAGUGUCAAGCUGUGGGUGCCCCAUUAUGGAGUGCAUCGCCUGGGGAUGCAGAGGCGCUACCUGGAGGAGAUGGCAGGCAAGAAUGCGCAGAAGAUGGCCCACCACCGCGUCAGCUUCGUGUAAGCCGCUGCUGCUGCUUGAACAGCUCCAUGGACGCAGCUGGAGUUUUCACUGGGAGGGGCUUGAUCGCUUGAUGCAGCACAACACAAGCGGGGAGCUGCUGUACAGUGGUAUUGUAUCAUAUAUUGGUAAUUGGUCUUGUGUAUAUGUUGAAUCUUGUGUAUAUGUGGAAUCUUGUGUGGAUCACCUGGAGUGAAGACCUCCUGGAAGGGGCAGGGACAGUGGCACCGGCAUCGGGCCCAUUUGUGUUGUCUAUGUGUAUAACACAAGAGUACUGUCCAUCGUUUUUAUAUGAGAGUUAAAACCUUUUGCCAGCGUGUUGGGGCUUUGCUGGCUAUUAGCGGCAAGGACGAUUGUACACAGCGCUCGACUUGGGUGAGCGCCUUGUGAGUUGCUCCGAAGGUUGCGUCUUUUCCCGAUACCAGCUUUGAAGCGGUUAGACUGGUACAAGUAGGGUGGGUAAGAGGUCGUUUGGUACA